GCACCGUUGCCAAACAAAAAAGCCACGUUGACGAACUGGGCAAAAGUCUGCUGCUGCUGUUUAUCCCAGAAAAGCAAAGGAAAAAUAGAACUAAACGAGUGUUAGAUUACAGAUGUCUUCGCCUCCGAAGGAAAAAAUCGAGACCAAAGGUGGACACCUCCCGGCUGUGAAGGCAGGGGGGAUGAGGAUAGUGCAGAAGCACCAGGGAGCAGCUCCACCUGAGCCCCCUCCUGUCAAGGACAAGGAUGACGAGGAGUUUCCGGAGGAGCCUAGCCCACCAAAGCCCACUGUGGUCGUGUCAGGAGUGGUUACAAAGGGUGAUAAGGACUUCACCCCGGCUGCAGCCCAGGUAGCUCACCAGAAGCCCCAGCCGUCUGUCAUCAAGAUGCCCCAGAACCAGCACCUCACCCAGCACAUCCACCAGCCCCGCAAGUGAGGCUACCGCCAAGCUUACCUUCCCUCCGCUAACUCUGCUACAGUUGGCCCCGCAAGGCGCCAGCAAUCAUCCCAGACACAGCUCUACGGUCAGUUUUGUGUUUACCCCCCUCCAAUGGUUAAGUAAGGAUUUGAGGAGGGGAAACUGAUCCUAAAUCUGUGCCUAAGGGCAAGCCAAUGCAACGCUUUACAAAAGAACCACAGAAGCCGACCUAUCACAGCAGCCUACCGACCAACCCAACAACCACAAACCAAUCAAAGAACUGCACAACCAACCAAACAAGCAUGCAAGGAAUUAC